AUGGAGAGAAGAUCGCCUAAUCGUGAUGAAGAAACAUCUGCUGCUACGAAUCUCUCAGAGAUGAUUCACUUGAAAAGGCAAGAAUCAGAGGAGUGGUCUAAGGUCGCUAAAAUGAGGUUUUGUUUAGGUUCUUCACCUGAUUCUACCUUUGAUGCUGUUUCUCAUAUCAGAGUUGGGUCUUACUACGAAAUUAACCAUUCCAAGCUUCCCAUCAAAACCCCGGACCAACUCAAGUUAGUUCGUGUUAUCAUGGUGAGUAAGAAGUCCAAGUGCAGCGUGUCGUUGAGGUAUCCAAGUAGGUAUUCUCUUCGAGCACAUUUCAGCCAGCGGAACCGGACGAAAGGGGAUACAAAGAUGUUGCCUACACUGGAUGAACAGUAUGCCAUGGUAUCGGAGAUAGCUGGGGAUGUUUUAUAUCGGAGGAUCCCACCACAUGAACUAUCGGUGCAAAGGAAUCAAUGGAGGUUUUGGGUAAUGGAGGUUUCUCCCAAGGAACAAGAAAUAGGGAAGAACCCAAGCCCAACUAUCAUUACCAGCUAUGUCAACAUGGUCCUUAAGCAAGGCUUGUGCUGGUCUGAGUUGCUAUCCGGAGGGAUGGUCCGGUGGGGUCGGCGUAGACUGGUUAGGUUCUUGAGUCCACACGUGCAGGAGACGUGGACAGGAAGUGUCCAAGGACAAGAGGAGGAAAAGGAAAAUGAAGAAGAAGAUGAGGAGGAGGAGGAGGAAGAGAUCAUUAUGGGGGCAGAUAGGAAGAGCUCUAAGAGGACGCUCCAUGGAGCAAGCUUAAGAGCCCAUAUGGCAAAGAAACUAAAGCAUGAAAAUGAUCAGCAAAUUAUGCUUUACAAGCCAAGCAAGGGAAGAGAAGUCAAGAACUCCAUAGAAAGAUGGUCUGUUCACCGGUAUAAUUUAGCUGAGAAAAACAUGUUGAAGAUUAUGAAGGAGAAGGGAGCAGUGUUUGGGAACCCAAUACUCAGGCCAGCAUUGAGACUAGAAGCUAGGAAGCUGAUAGGGGACACUGGUUUGUUGGAUCAUUUGCUGAAGCACAUGGCGUGGAAGGUGGCUCCUGGAGGUGAAGAAAGAUUCAUGAGGCGCCAUAAUGCUAACGGGGCAAUGGAGUAUUGGUUGGAGAGUGCUGAUUUAAUGAAAAUCAGGAAGGAAGCUGGGGUACAGGAUCCUUAUUGGACCCCACCUCCUGGUUGGAAGCUUGGUGAUGAUCCCACCCAGGAUCCAGUAUGUGCUAGAGAGCUCAAGGAGCUUAGGGAAGAGAUAGCCAAGCUAAAAAAGGGCAUGAUGGAGAACAAAAACACUGAAGAAAAUCUAGCUCUUGCCAUCACCUCGAAAUCUUGUGCUGCAAGCCAAAACAUGGUUCGUGAAGCCAAUAUGUUACUCCCGUUGAAGGAAAAGUACAUGGACUUGAUGAAAUUGAAAGAUAAACUUGAGGGGCAGCUGGGUGAUAUUGGAAAAUCUUUGUGUGGAGUGGAGGAAGAGAUGGGGAAGCUGAAGUCUAAAGUGGAAGCUGCAAAUGCACUUCUGCUAAUGGGAUCAACAAAGCCGCCAUCAAGCACUGAAAGUGACAGAUCUGUACUGGCGAUAUCAGAUGAAGAAGUAGAAGAAGAAAAGAACCCAUCAGUUGCUAGAAAAAGAAGAAGCCCGGUUGUAACAAGAGAGGAGAAGGCAGCGGCAAAGAAUGAAAGGCUGAAAAGUGGGUUCAGGAUAUGCAAACCACAAGGGACCUUCCUGUGGCCAAACAUGGGACCAUCCAGCCCCAAUGGGGACCUAGCUCCGAUCACCACUCCUCCCGUUGUCAAAUACUUACACACAAAUGGUCUCGUCAUCAACCUGAAUGAGGUCCCUGGCAUUGGCAACCCCAACCCCCAAGAGAAUGGAUAUUGUGGGUCCCACACUCACAGCUCACCUUGUCCACUCACAUAUCAGAGAAGACAUACUUCCAUGCCACGAAUGAUACAUGGCGAGAAAGAGAAGGAGUCGAUGAGGGCGCCGCAAAGAGGAGGAGGAUACUCACCAAGAACAUGGUUGGCUCUUUCUACUCCUACCCCUUUAAUCAACAAUAGGCGAGUCUAG